GCCACCUUGUUAAGUCGGAAUUGCAGCCAAUUAGCGGCAUUGAAUAAUAAAUUUGCGCAUAUUUUGUUUGAAACAAAAAGAGUACAAGUCAUGUCAGCUACGUCACCGAAUCCCUCAUUGGGACUUCAAAGCAAGCGCUGGAACGGCUUGCGUAACAUACUGGAGCGUGAAGGUCCCUUUUGUAAAGACGAUUUUUCGCCAUCUCCAGACAACUUAGAAUUUUUGCAAACGAAAUGCAAAGUUCUUGUCAUUGGUGCCGGUGGUCUUGGCUGUGAGCUGUUGAAGGAUCUGGCUCUCAUGGGCUUUGGCGAUCUGCAUGUCAUCGACAUGGACACAAUAGAACUGUCGAAUCUCAAUCGACAGUUCCUCUUCCGUCGAUCGGAUAUUGGUGCCUCCAAGGCAGAGUGCGCGGCACGAUUUAUACAAAAUCGCCUGCCUACGUGCCGCGUGACGCCACACUUUGCGAAAAUUCAGGACUUUGAUGAUACAUUCUACCAGCAGUUCCACAUUAUUGUCUGUGGCUUGGACUCGAUUGUAGCACGUCGCUGGAUCAAUGGAAUGUUGCUGUCCAUGCUGCGGUACGAUUCGGACAACACCAUUGAUGUGUCAUCGAUUAUACCCAUGAUUGAUGGCGGCACCGAGGGCUUCAAGGGCAAUGCCCGUGUCAUAUUGCCUGGAUUUACAGCUUGCAUCGAAUGCACCCUCGACUUAUUUCCACCACAAGUAAAUUAUCCGCUUUGUACAAUAGCAAAUACUCCUCGCCUACCGGAGCAUUGCAUUGAGUACGUAAAAAUCAUACAAUGGGAUAAGGAGAAUCCCUUUAAUGUGCCCCUCGAUGGCGAUGAUCCGCAGCACCUGGCCUGGGUUUAUGAGCGUGCGUUAGAACGUGCCAAUCAGUUUAAUAUCACGGGUAUCACAUAUCGUCUGGUUCAGGGUGUUAUCAAGCACAUUAUUCCGGCGGUGGCCAGUACCAAUGCGGUUAUUGCGGCUGCCUGUGCCACCGAAGUGUUCAAAAUAGCCACCAGCUGCUACGACAGCAUGGCCAACUAUCUUAACUUCAAUGAUCUGGAUGGCAUAUACACGUACACCUAUGAGGCGGAGAAAUCUGAUACCUGUUUGGCUUGCAGCAAUGCUCCACAGGUGCUACCCAUUGAAGAUCCAAACACCACAACUCUGGAAGAUGUAAUAAAAUUGCUGUGUGAAUCGGCACGUUUUCAGCUCAAAAGUCCGGGGCUGACAACAGUUUUUCAAGAUGGCAAAAAGAAGACCCUUUAUAUGGCCAAUGUGAAAAGCAUCGAGGAAGCGACUCGUAAGAAUCUGACGCAGUCGUUAGGGGAGCUUGGCUUGCAGGACGGACAGCAGUUGACCGUGACGGAUGCGACAUCACCAACGGCCAUGACUCUGCAGCUUAAAUAUCAAACCAAUGAGAUCGAGAUGAAUUAGCGAUAUUUAAUUAUAGACAAUUUUUAGGUUCAACCAGUAUCUACACACAUUUAAAAAUAAACAAAAAAGGCUACGCUUUGACUGUAUACUCAUUAA